AUGCCUCGCACGGCGUCUUCGACCUCCAAGAAGCAACAGCUCACCUAUGCUCAGCUCGCUGCCUAUGAUGACAUUCUGACAGAUGCGUUGAUUGACCACGCGUAUUACUGGACGACAAUUCCGAAGAAUCGCCCUGCGUAUCACGCCUCGCGCGGCAUCCGGGAGGAGGAUAUCGCCAAAGUCAUACAGACUCAUCUCAUUGUUGCGCAGGACCUUGCGGCCGCCGAAGAAGCGCUGCUCGCUGUGGACGGCCUGAAGAAGUUCCACCGGUUCCUCAAGACGCCUAAGGAGAAGGACGACUUCAAGGCGCACCUGCGCCGGUACAUGUGCAUCUAUCAACCUGACUGUCCCUUCGAGGUCAAUGCGACAAACCGUUACACCAUCUCAUCCUACGAGGCGAGCAUCACCGCGCGGCGUUUCAUCAGGCGCAAUGAGACGAUCAAGUACCUGGCUGGAACCCAGGUGACGGUGACUCCAGAGGAGGAGGCGCAACUGGCUUUGCGCAAGAAGGACUUCAGUCUCGUCGUCAGCAGCAGGAGCAAGCUGACCAGUCUUUUCAUGGGGCCCGCCCGAUUCGCCAAUCACGACUGCAAUCCUAAUGCCAGGCUCGUUACGCGCGGCCAAGCAGGGAUUGAGGUUGUCGCAUGCAGGGACAUUGGACUCGGCGAGGAAAUCACGGUCAGUUACAGCGACAGCUACUUUGGGGAGAACAACUGCGAAUGUCUCUGCCAGACGUGCGAGAACAACCUGGAGAACGGCUGGAGGCCGGUGGAUGGCGUCGUGCCGGUACAGACGAGCAUCGAGGGAGGCGUGGCUGGUACACCCGAUGGCUAUUCGCUCCGUCGACGACGGGAUCGAAGCGUUAGUGUCGCUGGAUCUCGCACCUCGUCUGUCACGCCAGACAUUCGCCCUCGCAUUCUCCGGGGAAGCAGGAGCCAGACAAAUUUGACAAAUAGGGCGUCCACAACAGACUCGGUUGAUGCCGAUCAGGUAGGCAUGACGACGCUCGCAAACAAACGGACGAUGAAUGCAGCGGGCCUGAGCUCCCCGCCAACCACACCGGCCAAGCGUCUGAAGAAGAAUCACUACAAUCUUUCUCCCAUCGAAUUGGAAGGAGUUUGGAGGUCCGGCUUGGAAACCGAAACCUCCAGCACCUCGUCGACAUCUGAGGACGGGAAGGAAAGCGUCACAGAUGCAACCUCCCCCGAAGACGAGAAGCCCGCGCUGCACAUUCCAUCCCCGGAGCUAUCGCCGGUUAAGCAGAGCGUCGAGACACCCGACGCGCUGGACAAGGAGCGAUUGCCGGACACAUCCUCCUCCACCCAGGAGACGGCCGGCUCCCAAACAACCCUUCAUGCAGGAGAGGAAGCCCUUCCUGGGAUUUUACUUGACCAUCCAGGUAUCCUAGAACCGUUGUUGCCGGUCAACGACAUCAGCACGACGGAAGCAGGGUCUGUGUCGAUUUCCAAGGCUCAGCCAGGGUACGAAAAAAUGACUGAGGUUGUGAAAUCCGAGACCUUGCAAGAUAAUAUUGGCGCCAUGAUUGGCGACAUGACCUCGCAGCGACAAGAGAUGGCCUCAUCAUCGAGCGACCCGCUCCACGGUUCUUUGGACGCUGAGGACGCGGUGGCAGUAGAAAUGACCCGACAAAACCUCGAUGAGAGGAUCCGGCAGGAUCAAAGCACGGCUGCCACGGCAGCUCCGAUACCAGCGGCCGAGCCCAGCGAGGAGGCGGCGUCGGCCACUUCCUCCGCGAUCCCCAAUGCGAAUUAUCGAAAACGAGCCAAGCGCGGAGCCUUUAUCCAACCCCUCCUUGCCCAGCCGGUGCGGAGACAGCGCAUACCAGGCGACUACACCCUGACCCCCCUGCUGCUCUCGGAGCCGCAGACGGCCUGGGUCCACUGCACCAACUGCAGCACGGCCUUUGUGCAGAAGGACGCCUACUACACGCGGUCCAACUGCCCCCGGUGCGAGCGCCACUCCAAGCUGUACGGGUACGUCUGGCCCAAGACUGCGCCAGCGGGUAAGGACGACAAGGAGGAGCGGAUUCUGGACCACAGGAUUGUUAACCGCUUCCUCCACCCAGAGGACGAAGCCCGGGCGAGAGGACGGAAGCCAUGGCGGGAGCGCUUGAGUCAGGGCUGUAGCGAGAACAUGGAGCAGACACUGAGCUUGAAUGGCGGGUCUGAGGGACUUCAUCUCCGGGGUGACAGCCGAGGGAAUGAUGGUGACGGGAUCGGCGCCCAAGCUGAGGCUGAGAACGCCGUCCUUGCUGGACUGCGCCGUAGUGGGCGGGCUCGGAGGGCGAGCGCGAGAGCUUUGGGAGACGAUUGA